AAGCCCUCCUCUUUCUCAAGUGAAAAGUCAGUGUUUUCUGGCUCGCACACGACGACGCAACAAUCACCUGGACGCAGACAAAGAGAGAAGCCUUUUGGAGGCUUUCUCUCCUCGAAAGAAUAGCAAAAGGCACUGUGAAAAUUCGCUUUUCAGUUACUUCAAUUUCAAUACAAAUAUUUUUUUUCUUCUUCUUAUUCUUCUCUGAUCAGUCACCAACAAGUUUUCCAUCUUUCAGCAGGAAUUCAUGCAUCAGGGCAUAUACAUUUAGAUGGGCAGAGAUAAGUAAAAGGAAAUGGGAGGUUGCUGCUGUUGUUCUUCAAAAGGAGCUGAGAGAAAUAGUUCUCCAGCAUACUAUUAUUAUCCAAGAGCAUCAGAAGAGCAUGUGCCCUUCUCAUCUCACCAUGGUGCCACCUCUGCAAUCCCUACAGGACUCCUGGUUGAUACAAAUCUGGAUACAUCCGUCCCUGAUGCUUAUAGGCCACCACCUGCCCCAAUUCCUUUUGAUGUGAGUUUAAGGCAUCAUCAAACUCCACCGGUGACUCAAGAAAUUUGCAGCAAUAAGAGUGAUGCACCUGUGCAAACAACUACUGAUUCUGUUCAAGAUACAGGUGAUGGUGAUACAGGAGAACCUGUAAAGUGUGAAGAUCUAAAGGAAUCAGAAGACAAAACUCAUGAGUCAGCGAAGGAGCUGGAAGUUGAGCUUUCAAAAUCAGUUGAACCUGCUGUUUCAGUGAUAGAGGAGGAGGAUGUGUGUCCCACCUGUCUAGAAGGGUAUGAUACAGAGAAUCCGAGAAUUAUUACAAAAUGCGAGCAUCAUUUCCACCUUGCUUGCAUCUUAGAAUGGAUGGAAAGAAGUGACACCUGUCCUGUGUGUGAUAAGGAAAUGAUAUUUGACCUUCCGAAUGAGUAGUAACUGCCCAAUAACUCUUGUGGGGUUGAAGUUCUAAGUUAUUUGAAAUUGGGAUCAAGAGUUCAAGGUUACAGCUAUAUGAAAAUUAUCUUCUCUCUUCCUCUCCCUCUCCCUCUCCCUCUCCCUCUGUUUUUCUUUCACUUUGUUCUAUCUUCUGCAGUUUGUUCUCUCUAUUGCCUUUAAGAAGCACAGUGUGUCCUUGUGGUCUGUUUUCCAGUGACCUUGGAAGUUCUGUAAAAAGUCAUAGCUCAUUUAAGAUGGACACUGUGACACCAUUUCUGAGGUUCAUUUUCCGUUGCUUAUUCAUUAAUCCUUGGGGCCUAUAUCAACAUAUAAUCAGCAAUUUAAGACUACAGUUUGCAUGGAGAAAAUGAAACAAGUUACCAGUCUGUUCAAGCCUGGUUAGUCAGUUACACAAGAUAGUUGGUAGACCCUUUUCUUUUACUUCCCAAAAUUAUGCUUUUCUCAGUCCUAUAUUUUCAUAUCAUGUCAGCAAUUGAUUUUUGCUUCCUUGAAUUGGUUUUAUGAAUGAAAUGCAAUUACAGUUGUUCAAUGUUGACGUUUGGUGAAUCGGUGAUGAAGGAUCUGGUAAUGUAAAGGAAGAGUAUGGUAGGAGUUUUGUGUAAAGUAUUGAGGGACAAAUGAAAGGGAUUUUUGUGUUUUACAUGGUUCUUGUACAUAAUAGUGCCAUUUUCACAUUAAAGUUUGAUACAGUUUGUCCUUUUACAGAACUGCAAAAUCCAUUCUCUUUUCAAGGUAUAAGUUCUUUCCC